AUGAAGAGAGCUUCAGAGCAACAAGCGCAGGGUGGCCAGCAGGGCGGAUCGAGUAGAAGGAAAAUGGAUGUGGCAGAAGAAAGUGACGCCGACGAGAAAGAUGAGACAAAGCGAAAGUCGAGAAACCUUAGCGAGAAGAAGCGCCGUGAUCAAUUCAAUGUCCUCAUCAACGAGCUCUGUUCCAUGGUGUCCACCACAUCACGGAAAAUGGACAAAUCCUCGGUGCUUCGGUCCACCAUCGCUUUCCUCAGGCAUCAUAAUGAAACAUCGGAGGAUUCCGAUUCACAGGACGCUCAAGACAGUUGGAAGCCACCCUUUUUGUCCAACGAAGAAUUUACGCAUCUUAUGCUCGAGUCUCUAGAUGGCUUCAUCCUAAUCUUAUCCUUAAACGGCCAAAUUAUGUACACAUCCGAAAGCGUCGCGUCACUACUGGGUUAUUUACCGCACGAUUUGCACAACACUUUCAUCCUCGACAUUGUGCACGCCAACAAUCAUGCUGCCGUGUGCGAUUUGUUGAGUUCAGCCAUGCCUGAACCUUCGAAACCCAAAACAGAUGCUUGUAUAUCUUUAGACGUGUACAUGAAACGCGGUAGUUUAGGCUCAUCAGAUUCAACUGCUUACGAGCCGGUAAAUAUCAAGGGAACCUUUCUUACCGUUUCAGGGGACGGGGGCAAUCUCUCGAACCCAGAGUGCGAUUCUCAAAGCUGCAGCAGCGUCUGUUCUCCAAGGGCUAUGGUUGGGUCCGCUGAAACGACACCUUGCUUCGUGGCUACGGUUCGUAUGCAGACGCCUCAGUUGUUACGCGAACUCAUCCUGUGCGAUGGCUCCAAGAACGAAUUCACUUCUCGUCAUAGUAUGGAGUGGAAGUUUCUCUAUCUGGACAACAGGGCUCCUCCCAUCAUUGGCUAUCUUCCAUUCGAACUACUCGGAACGUCAGGUUACGACUACUACCACGUCGAUGACUUGGAGAAAGUAGCGGCAGGACAAGAAGCAUUGAUGCAAACGGGAGAAGGAACUUCGUGUCAGUAUCGUUUUCUGACCAAGGGUCAACAGUGGAUCUGGCUGCAGACCCGAUACUACAUUACUUAUCAUCAGUGGAGCUCGAAGCCGGAGUUCGUGGUCUGCACUCAUACCGUCAUCAGCUACGACGAAGACUGGAGCGGCGUAAAAGCAGAAGCCAUGACGCCUUCUUCAUCUCAGCUUCCCGGCACACAUGUCUCGCAUCAUAGUUCCAGAGUGUCUUCUGCGCCUUCCGUCAGUUCCAGGGACGAAAGCAUGUCGCCUAACCUGUCUGAGAAGUCAGCAAGCUUAGCGCCGAGCACUUCGGCAGCCCUCGCCAAGCGCAAGGCACAAGAGGAGCGCGUCAACGUAUCAUCCAAUCGCCUGUCCCUUCCCUUCCCGGAGAACUCUUGCGUCUCCAAAGAAUCGCCUUCCUCGGCUCAGAGGGCGCCCUCAGCGUCUGUGUCACCUUUCCUUGAGCCUUCGCAGCCACCUCCUACGCAGCAGACUGCCCGAGAACCGGUGCCAGAGGCUACUCCCCCGCCAGACGUGACCGUGUCAGAGCCUCCCGUGCCUUAUUCAGCAGCCCCCUGCCAUACUCCUCUGCUAACCUUGACAGCACUGCAACCCGUUGCUGCAACCUUCAAUCCCGGUAGCUCCAUGGUCCACGGUGGUCCCGGUGCGGUGCAGAUGCUACAGACCUCGCAGCCGUCUCCCGUGAUGUCGACCAAUAUGGGCCUGUCGGAACCUGGCCACUACCAGGAGUACCUGCGCAGAAGGCACCAGCUGCUCCAACAGCAGAUCCUCAAGCAGCAGGAAGAACUCAAGAGAGUGUCGGAGCAACUCAUGCUCGUCCAAUUCAUCACUCCUACGCUUGCUGCUGUGACGGCAACACCUGCACCGCUGUACACCUUCUCUGUGCCGACGUCUACAGUCACCAGGCUGGCAGCGGACGUGCCCCAUGGCUUGCCGGAGCAGACUUCGCCGUACCUCUUGUCUACGCCACAGACCCAACAGCAGACGAUACACCAGCAACAAAUGCAGCAACAAAUGCACCAACAGCAGAUGCAUCAACAACAGAUGCAGCAGCAGUUUCACCAGCAGCAGUUACAGCAACAACAGCCGAUGCACCAGCAGCCGCAGCCUACUCUGCAGAGGACUACUACUGGACAGCUGCAGACAGCAAUGAACACCAUGCAGCCCGGACCCAUGACUCCGGUCUACCCUCUGCAGCUGCCUCAAGACCAAAUGAUAUUUACGCCAAGUUUUAGCACAAACACAGAUUUCUUUUUUGGAAAUACGAACAAUGGGAGCUGUCAGUGACAACGCAGAUCUGUUAUUUCCACGAAUGACAGCGUUGUGGCGAGAAGGUGAGAAAGUUAGGUGGGGAGUGCAGACCUUGGAGCCACAAAUGACUAGAAUCCUUAAGGCGAAGGGUGCAUUGUCUCAGACGCGAGGCCGACGUCUUCACGCUUUGACAUGACAUUUCAAAGAGGCUGAUCAAUCUGCUGGCAGUUGGCGAUGUCACACAGGUUACGAGAACGGCGGCUUCAAGCAAGAACGGCAAUAUAACGCUGACACAGCGCUCCAGCCUGUGAGAGGAAUAAUAAUUUGACGUCCGAAAUCACGCGAAGUUUUUGCAUCAACGGGAGAGAUGUGGUUCGGCUGCCAAUGGCGGCAUUGGCCAUGCAUGAUGGUGAGGCGCUUCGUAUACGUGCGCCUGUGAAACAAGCGGUACAGAUAUCUUGCCCGUGAAUUUAGUAGGUACAAUGCAUUGUUAGGCCUAUUGUGCUGGCUGACGUUCGUCAGGUUCGGGGAGUGUAACCCAUGUGUACCUUUUGAGGGUAAUUCGACUCCCGCUUCUGGCGGUACGAAUCCGUUACUAAAACCGUUAGAAGAUUUAGAGUGUAAAGG